CGGACUGCUCGGGCUGUCGUACAAGGCACGUGUCUGCACUUGCGGUGACAAAAGGGAGCAGAAGAAAGCGAACAAGUGAAAGAGCGGCGAUGAGGAGAAUAUGUCCGUGUGUCGAUAUAAAGGACCCUCCUUUACAGGUCAUAUGGACAUGAAGUGAGAUGUCUAAUGACCUCCAGGCCAGGACCGUCCAUGUGAGAAGGAAUCUUAGAAGAGAAGAGCAGACACUUGCGGGAGUGAGAAGAGCUUUACUUGGAGCACAGCCUCAGCAAGCAAUAACCGCAUGGAUGGAGGACUGGAGCCCAUUAAACAAGAGGACAGCGAGUGGGGUCCCCCCAAACAUUUGUCUGUUAAGCUGGAGGAUUGUGAAGGAAGAGUUUCACUUUUUAAAGAGGAGGAGUGCAAGGAGAAGACUAUUGAAAUUAAAGCUGAGAAAUCCGAGGAUUUGCCAGUUAGUCUUGAACUGCAAAAACAUGAAACAGGGAAUUUUUCUAAGGAAGAUAUUUGUGAAGAAUCGCAUUGCAAUUCACAACCUUCUUUCACUAAUCUGAAACAACAGAUGAGCCGGCAGAAUUCUAUAGAGCUGAAAUCUGAGCUAACUGAGUGUGAAGAGAAAAUCAGCAAAGGAAUCGGGAGAGACGCAGAUGAACGGGAUUCAUCUAUGAGUGUGGAAAGAAAUUUACGUGUGAAUGUCCGCUUCUCCCCAUCUUCAACUGCUCAGCCCUUUCUUGAGUGCAAACUGGAACAGAAACAGGACAAAGAGAAGAUAAAGAAAUCAAUAAGAAGAUCAAAAAAUUUGACAACAUCCUCUUUCCAGUGUAGUUCUCUUUUUCUGGGAGAAGCUAUCAAAACUGACCGAGAACAGGCACAUAACAUGGAUCAAGAGGCGUUGUGUCUUGGUCAAGAAUGUGGAGAAACUUUGAAAAAGAAGUCUGACUGUAAAGAUAACAAGUCAGCCCAUUCAAAACCAAAGCCAUAUGGCUGUUCUGCAUGUGGCAAACGUUUCCUCUAUAACAGCAAGCUUCAAAGGCACAUAACAAUUCAUACUGGAGAAAAGCCGCAUUGCUGCUCUUAUUAUGGCAAAAGAUUUAGCCAACUUAGCAAUCUUCAGAGUCACACAAGAAUUCAUACUGGAGAAAGGCCAUAUUGCUGUUCUGAAUGUGGCAAAAGCUUCUUCUAUAACAGCAACCUUCAGGUACACCUAAGAAUUCAUACUGGACAAAAGCCAUAUUGCUGCUCUGAAUGUGGCAGAAGAUUUAGCCGGAGUAGCGAUCUUCAGAAUCACACAAGAAUUCAUACUGGAGAGAAGCCAUAUUGCUGUUCUAUAUGUGGCAAAAGAUUCAGCAAGAGUACCAAUCUUCAGAUUCACACAAGAAUUCAUACUGGAGAAAAGCCAUACUGCUGUUCUGAAUGUGGCAAAGGAUUUAGCCGGAGUAGCGGUCUUCAGAGUCAUGCGAGAAUCCACAAAGGAGAAAAGGUCCUAAAGGAGUACGUUGGGGGGCUGAAGAAGCAGGAGGAAGAAGUCAAAAAUUCCUCUUUCUAAUUACUAAUGAGUACCAUCAUGUGGAGGGCUUUGUUGUAAAAAAUCUAAACCAAACCUCAUGAAGGCAAAACUACUUUUAUACUAGGAAAAGGACCCGACAAAGUAAUUCAUGCUGGCCGCACGUCUUCCAGAUUUAAAAGGUGCUCUUUACGUGACACUGCACCAGGGUAGGUGAUGGUGCUAGUGAUAGUGCAAAAUCUUCAGGAGAAGGAAAGAGGAUCUCCAGUGUGUUGUCAGUCUAAAUGGACAGUAUUGCUGGCCCCACCACAGGGGAACAGAAAAGACUACAAAGAUGUAGCGUGAGUAAGAAAUGAAGAGGACUGGACAUAGUCCAUUGGUCACUUGAAGAUAAAGAGGAGAUCGUGUACUGCUACUUUUAUGUACCAAAUCCCAAAUUUCUGACUAAACGAUACGCCAAGAGGUCUUGCACAAAACUGGAAUCUCGGAAAGUAGUAUUGACUUCCAAACUAAAUAACUGAUGACAACCUUAGAUCACUAAUCACAAUACUUAGAGUGUAAAUGAGCCAAGACAGAGCAGCAAAAGAAGAAAUAAUACUGGAAGAAAGGCAAGACCCGGGAGCAUAAGAAUAGAACAGUCAAAGACCUGAAGAGAAGAGGAGAGAUCUUGUAUGGUGUGGCAUCUACGCAAACAAAAUCAUUAGCCACCUAACUUAAUAAAAAGAGAGGAAACAGACAUUUGAAAACAAAUUCAGAAAUAAAACACCUAAAUUUGAAUAGACACACAGAGAGAAUGCUUACUACUCAGAAAUUAAAUGUCUUUAAAAGUAAUCAGUUCUCAAAUAAAGAAAUAAAGGAAAAAAACUUUUGAAGGAGUUAAUCGAAGGAAUCGAGGUACAACAUUCUGAAUCUGACAGUGAGAACCUGUCUGCCACAGAAACCACCCAAGGACCACAAGAGAAGUUGACUCCAAAAUGUCCAGGAUGCAGAACAGCCAGAAAUAGAAAAACCUGCAAAAACGCCAACAAAAGUUUAAUGGAAUUCUAAAAUGAAUAAAUAUACCAUGAAAGAAACAGAAAAGAGACCAUCAAUUAAGGAUAAAGGAAAUCAAGGAAGAGCUGCUGGACCUUGUCGAUAUGGACAAACACAGAGAAAUCUAUAGAAGAGAAAAGUGACCAAGAGUGUCAUUAAACAACGUGACACAUGCAGUAUUAUAGCCGAGGUCAACAAGGCCGUAACUGAAAUAAAGCAAAGCCAACAGCAGAUGAUGGAGCUAACAGUAGUCAACAGGAUCAAAUACUGUCCAGUGAAACUGAUCGCUGUUACAUUAGCAGACCAGAAGAAUAUUAGGGUAAGGGAAAAACAACAGAACUACAUUCCUCCAUAGAUGAAACAAAUUGAGGGGAAAAAAUAAACAAUCUGGGCGAUUUCAUUAAUCAAGGCCUACUUGGAAGAGGUGAGAUCUGGUAAAGUCCUGGCUGAAAUACGACAGCUAAAACUACAGUUUUGUGUAUUAAACACAUGAGAAGUUGGAAACUACACAGUAAAAAAAAAAAAAAUC